AAAUCCAUUUAAGAAUAACUGACAUGUACGCUAUGUGACUAUGAAGUUAUUUCCAGGAGUGUACAUGAAAACAUGACGCGAAACGGAAAGAGCUCUUACGGAAAGCGAUGAAGUUCGUUAAAGGGACGUCAUCCCCGGCGAAGUUGUGAAUGGAGCGGAAGUGCAAAAUUUCGCGCGAACUGUUGAAGAUGGAGAGUCGAAAAAUAAAGACGAAAGUGUCUGCUGGCUUCAAAAUGCGAGGGCUUAUGCUUCGACCUGAAGCCAGCAGGUAUCUGUUGGAGGUAUUGGAGUCUGUCAGUGCAGUGGAGCUGGAUGAUGCUAUUGAGAAAGUGCUGGAUGCAGUGGAGAAACAGCCAUUGUCCUGUAGUAUGAUUGAGCUGUCAGUGGUGGAAACUGCUGUUCAGGAGUGCAGCCAGUCAUGUGAUGAAACCAUUGACAAUGUUUUCAACAUUAUCGGAGCAUUUGAUGUGCCAAGAUAUAUCUACAGCACCGAGAGGAAGAAAUUUGUGCCAAUUGCCAUGACCAAUCACCCCACCCCAAGUCUCUGUGGUGCUGCCAGAGAUAAGGCAGAGCUUUUCAGGGAACGCUACACCAUCCUCCAGCAGCGAACGCACCGACAUGAGCUCUUCACACCUCCUGUGAUUGGAUCAGCACAAGAGGAAGGCAGGAACAAAUUUCAGUUGAAGACAGUGGAAGCUCUGCUGGGAAGCACAGCAAAGGUUGGGGAGGUGAUUGUUCUUGGGAUGGUAACGCAGCUUAAAGAGGGCAAGUUCUACUUGGAGGACCCCAGUGGCACAGUGCAAGUUAACAUCUCCAAAGCACAGUUCCACAGUGGUCUGUACACAGAGUCCUGCUUUGUUUUGGCAGAAGGCUGGUAUGAGGACUCCAUUUUCCAUGUCAAUGCCUUCGGGUUCCCCCCCAUCGAACCCUCCUCCACUACCAGGGCCUAUUAUGGGGACAUUAACUUCUUUGGUGGCCCCUCGUCCACUUCAGUGAAGGCUUCGUCAAAGCUGAGGCAGCUGGAAGAGGAGAACGAGGAUGCCAUGUUCAUCUUUGUCUCCGAUGUCUGGCUGGAUAGUGUGGAGGUUCUGGAGAAAAUUCACACAAUGUUUUCAGGGUAUUCCGCAAUGCCGCCCACCUGCUUCGUCUUCUGUGGGAACUUCUCCUCCGCUCCCUACGGCAAAAACCAGGUUAAAUCCCUCAAAGAAUCUCUGAAGGUGCUCGCAGAUCUGAUAUGCGAACACCCCAGCAUCCACAGCAGUAGCCGCUUUGUGUUCGUCCCUGGCCCAGAAGACCCUGGCCCUAGCACAAUCUUACCCAGACCUCCCCUGGCUGACUACAUCACUGAGGAUUUCAGACAGAGGGUACCAUUUUCUGUUUUUACCACCAACCCGUGCAGGAUCCAGUACUGCAGUCAGGAGAUUGUGGUGAUCAGGGAAGACCUGGUGAACAAAAUGUGCAGGAAUUGUGUGCGCCUGCCAAGUGGCAAUCUGGAUAUUCCCAACCACUUUGUAAAGACCAUCUUGUCCCAGGGUCACCUGACCCCCCUGCCGUUGUACGUCAGCCCGGUUUUCUGGGCCUACGACUAUGCACUGAGGGUGUACCCCGUGCCUGACGUCAUUGUCUUUGCAGACAAAUAUGACCCCUUCAACAUUUCCAGCACUGACUGCCUCUGCAUUAACCCGGGUUCCUUUCCAAAAAGUGGGUUUACUUUUAAGGUGUACUACCCUUCUAACCGGACAGUUGAGGAUAGCAAACUUCAAGGUCUAUAAGUGAACCAAGAUUGAAGAGUUUUCUAGAUUUGAUAAGUCACCAUCUUCUCUUGCUCAGAGGCUGUGCAGUUAUUGUGUGAAAAUGUGCAUGCAGAAAACUAAUGGAAUCCCAUUGUAUUUU